UGAAUAAUGUUAUUCAUACUCCCUCCAUCAUCACUCCCAUUAACUGUUGCAGACAGUUUUCUUUUUAUUCUUCUUUCUCAAGAGAAACGAGAGAAAUGGUUUCUGAAAAUCCUUUCUCUUCUUCUAAGCGCUCUCCUUCUCCUAAAUUCUCCAACUCCUUCACUAACCGAAUCUUUUCAGAUGUGGCAGGGGACAUCACAAUUGUUGUGGAUGGGGAUUCAUUUCUACUGCACAAGUUUCCCCUCGUUUCUCGGAGCGGAAAGAUACGGAAAAUGGUUGCAGAUGCCAAGGACUCGAAUGUUUCUAAAAUGGAGCUUGAAAACUUUCCUGGUGGAUCUCAUACAUUUGAACUUGCCAUGAAAUUCUGUUAUAGCAUGAACUUUGAGAUCACACCUGCAAAUCUCGCCCCUCUGCGCUGCGCUGCCGAGUACCUGGAAAUGACAGAAGAUUACAGGGAUGAAAACCUCAUCGAGCGUACAGAGGUUUAUCUGAAUGAUAUUGUGCUUCAAAGUCUUGAAAAGUCUGUUGAAGUACUGUCUACUUGUGAGAUGCUACCUUCCAUAGCAGAGGAGGUGGGAAUCCCAAGUAGAUGCAUUGAUGCCAUUGCCAUUAAUGCUUGUAAGGAGCAGUUGGUAUCAGGAUUGUCUCGGCUAGAUUGUGAUGCUGAAUCUACAGAACUCAAGAGUGGUUGCAUUGAGUGGUGGAUUGAAGAUCUCUCAGUGUUAAAGAUUGAUUAUUAUGAAAGAGUUAUCUGUGCCAUGUGUAAGGUUGGUGUUAGAUCCGACAGUAUCAUUGCCUCUUUAAUGCAUUAUGCUCAGACAUCGUUGAAGGGAAUUGGGAAGUAUCAAAUUUGGAAUCCAUCAAAGGUGAAACAAAGCCCUAGCAUGGCGGAAAAUGAUCAGUGCUCGAUCAUGGCAACUCUUGUGAGUCUAUUACCAGCAGAAAAGAGCUCUUCCAUUCCGCUGAGUUUUCUGUUUGGGAUGUUAAGGAUGUCAAUUAUGUUAGACGCCACCAUUGCCUGUAGACUUGAGCUUGAGAGGAGAAUUGCUUUUCGUUUGGAAAUGGUUUCGCUUGAUGAUCUUCUCAUACCAUCUGUCCGAAGUGGGGAUUCAUUAUUUGAUGUUGAUACUGUCCAUCGAAUACUGGUCAAUUUCCUGCAACGGAUUGAAGAAGAAAAUGUGGAUUGUGGAUAUGAAUCUGACGGCCUUGGAUCUUCAGGCUAUGGUUCAUUGUUGAAAGUGGGAAGGCUUAUUGAUGCAUAUCUAGCAGAAAUUGCUCCUGAUCCAUAUCUGAGUUUGCAGAAAUUUAUUGCUAUGAUUGAGAUACUGCCUGAUUAUGCUCGUGUGAUCGAUGACGGGCUUUACAGAGCAAUUGACAUAUAUUUGAAGGCUCAUGCAAUUUUAUCUGAACAUGAAAGCAAGAAGCUCUGCAAGUUCAUAGACUGCCAAAAAUUAUCUCAAGAAGCAAGCAAUCACGCUGCACAGAAUGAUCGACUGCCGGUACAAAUGACGGUGAGAGUACUCUAUUUUGAGCAACUCCGAUUAAAGAAUGCAAUAUCUGGAAAUUCUGGAGAUGGGUUUCUGUCGCAGAGAAUAAGCAGUGGUGUCCCAAGUGCAGUCAUGUCUCCUAGAGAUAAUUAUGCUUCUUUACGGAGGGAAAACCGAGAGCUUAAGCUUGAGAUAUCAAGAAUGCGAGUGAGGCUAAGCGAGUUGGAGAAGGAGCAGAUGUACAUGAAACAAGGGAUGAUAGAUAAGUCAGGGAAUGGAAAAACUUUUCUCACUUCGCUUUCUAAAGGGAUUGGAAGGAUCGGAAUUUUCAGCAGUCCAACCGGAGGACGGCGACAAAAAUCUAGCAGAAAAUAUAGGGGUUCGGAAGGAAAACCUGGUAGGAAUCGGAGAUCUUUUGUCUCUUAGGCACAAUCCUAAAGCAUAGUGCAUAUGCACUUCAAAUAAAGGUGAAUGAAACUUGUAUAAAUAGGAAUGCACUGAUUUUCCUCCCUUUUGUUUUUUUUUAGCAAUCUCGAUAUAAUAUUUCAUAUAUCAAUUCGCAA